AUGCAUCUUCAAGUCAGUUUCUACCUGCUUUGGUCCUCGUUCGUGCUAGGCUGUGUCUACGCUGCGAACGAUGUCUCCGUGCUGAUCAACGAGGUCGGCAAAGCGAAUAAUCAAUCGCUGCUAUGGGGUCCGUACAAACCGAACUUAUAUUUUGGAGUUCGGCCGAGGAUUCCCAAGAGUCUUACGGCGGGGKUGAUGUGGGCGAGGGUCGAUAACUAUGCGACUGCGCAAGCGAAUUUUAGGCAUACAUGCGAACAAAACGAGGGCAUGCGAGGAUACGGCUGGGACGAAUACGAUGUGCGCAAAGGCGGUCGCCAAUCGAUCCACGAUGUCGGCAACUCGAUUGACCUCACCAUCGAUUUCGUCAAAGUGCCCGGAGGGCUUCACGGAGGUAGCUGGGCAGCUCGAGUAAAGGGAACACCACGAGAAGAUGCUCCUGAAGAUUUAAUUACGUCAUUAGUCUUCUACGCUUCGCUUGAAGGUCUGGGUUCUUUGCACGUGGAUAAUGCUGUUGAGCAGCAAAUGGGUGUAAAGGGAGAUGUGAAGCUCAAGGGGAUGACUCCGGAGCUUGGCGACUUUAAGAUCAGUGUUACCACUGGCCCUGAUAGCAACAAACAUCCCGAAUUCAAUCAUCCCAGUAGCUCUGAGAAAUCUUUGGAUCGUCCUUUGGUUGCUAGUGUGGAAACACCCCAAGAGCACUUGUGGCAAGCCAAAGCAUUGAUGUUUACUGCCAUGAAGCCCGAAGUCGAUAACAUGCUUGCCAAAUACGGAACCGAUACACCUCCACCCCCAGCUCAGCUUUUUACAGUACCCAAUCACCCUGGAACGGGUAAUAUUCAUUUCGUGCAGCACGUCUUCGAAGGUGCUUUUGAGUUCGACAUUCUUUUUGAAUCUGGUUCCGCUUCUGAGCCCGUCACCUCCGAGACACUAACCGAGAAGAUUGAUGAAAUGUCCUCUUCUUUUUSGAGCCGAUAUGAAAACGUCUUCGCUCCUCAAGCCCCAUUCGACAAGCCAGAGUACUCUGAGUUCUCCAAGUCCAUGUUCUCCAACCUAGUUGGUGGUAUUGGCUACUUCUAUGGCAGCGGUUUAGUUGACCGGUCCGAGGCCCCUGAAUAUGAAGAGGAAAAUGAAGGCUUCUGGGAGGAGGCUGCAGAAGCCAGAUUACGAGUAAAACCCACUGAAGAAGACCCUCAUGAGUUGUUUACUUCCAUUCCCUCCAGACCAUUCUUCCCUCGUGGUUUCUUGUGGGACGAAGGUUUCCACCUCAUUCCGGUUGUUGACUGGGAUCUUGACUUGACUCUUGAUAUUGUGCAGAGUUGGUUCAAUCUCAUGGAUGAAGAUGGCUGGAUUGCGCGAGAGCAGAUUCUCGGAAUGGAAGCUCGUAGCAAGGUCCCCCCUGAAUUCACCGUUCAGUAUCCUCACUAUGCGAAUCCGCCGACAUUGUUCCUGGUUCUUGAGGCUUUUGUCGACAAAUUACAAGCCAAUAAAAGUACCCUUGUGGAAUUUGAACUCAAUCGCGCCGACAUUGCAGACAGCCUUCGAUCUGCUCACCUCGAGAGCAGGGAAUUGGCUGAAUCGUAUUUGCAUGCUAUCUAUCCUCUCCUCCGCAGACAAUAUUUCUGGUUCAAGAAGACUCAAUGGGGGGAUGUCAAGUCCUAUGACCGUGAAGCUUAUUCAAGCAAGGAAGCAUACCGCUGGCGCGGACGAACUGUUCGACAUAUUCUGACAUCCGGUCUUGAUGACUAUCCUCGUGCUCAACCCCCUCACCCUGGCGAGCUCCACACGGACUUGAUCAGCUGGAUGGGCUUGAUGAGUCGUUCUCUGCGCAAGAUUGCAGCAGCCAUAGGCGAGGCUGAAGACGCCGAGGAAUUCGCAAUCUACGAGUACGCCAUUACCCGCAACAUUGACGAUCUUCACUGGGACGAGGAUGCCCAAACAUGGUGCGAUGCAACUAUUGAUGAAUAUGAAGAGAGUGUCCAUGUCUGUCACAAGGGUUACAUCUCGAUCUUCCCCUUUUUGACAGGAAUGGUUGGUCCCGAUAGCCCGCAUCUCAAGGCUACACUUGACCUCAUUCGCAACUCUAACGAAUUGUGGAGUGACUACGGCAUUCGCAGUUUGAGUAAGAGCGAUGAAUUCUAUGGCACCGACGAGAACUACUGGCGCAGUCCAAUAUGGAUGAACAUGAACUACAUGAUUGUAAAGAAUCUAUACGAAAUCGCAACCUCCCAAAGCCCCCACAAAGCACAAGCAACUGAAAUCUAUAACGGGCUGCGCAAAAACCUGGUUGAGAACGUCUUCCGACAAUGGAAAGACACAGGUUUUGCCUGGGAGCAAUACAAUCCCGAGACAGGCAAGGGUCAGCGUACCCAGCACUUUACCGGAUGGACGAGUCUGGUGGUGAAGAUUAUGAAUAUGCCGUAUCUUUCGUCUUCUGGACGUGGGCAUGAUGAGCUGUGA